AAACUACAGCUAAGUAUUGAAACUUGCUAUCUUGACAAAGGAAAAUUAGCCCUAACAAAUAUUCAUUGAGACAAUGAUUGUUCAACAUGCGUGAUAAAGGAAAUGAUAAGACAUUGACUAGCACAUUUAUUUGACCAAUGGCGAACCACACCACGUGGCAUAACAGCUGCCAUUGCUUUGCCUUUACGUCUUCCUCCUUGGAGCAUGGUCGGUUGAAUUCCGGCAUCUUCCUUUCUCAAAUGCUUCAACUUCACCAAUAAGUUUAUUCUCUGCAAUUAAAGCAAACUUGUAGGCAGCAGCUAUAGCUUGGUUGAAGUUCACAAGGGGGUGCUAAGUAAAGUAGUGCAAAGGUUGACAGAUCUAUCUAUUCCUUUCUAUACACUCAAUGAUGAGAGCCAUAAGAGAUGAUUAGUAGUUCAAAAGAAGUGGAUUCUCCAUCAGAAAAGGAGGGAGAUCAUGCAAGUAGUUAUCAUGAUCAUGGAAAGAGUAGUACAAAGGCUUCUUCGUCUAGCUCAGCAACACCAUGGUUAAGAUUGAAAGAUCCAAGAAUUGUUCGGGUUUCGCGUGCUUUUGGAGGAAAAGAUAGGCAUAGUAAAGUUUGCACUAUAAGGGGAUUGAGAGACAGAAGAGUUAGGCUUUCAGUUCCAACAGCCAUCCAAUUGUAUGAUCUUCAAGAUAGGCUUGGACUUAAUCAACCUAGUAAAGUUGUUGAUUGGUUACUAAAUGCAGCUAAGCAUGAAAUUGAUGAACUCCCUCCACUUCCAAUUCCACCAGUCAAUUUUGCCCUAAACCAUCAAGCAAUGUUAAGUAGUAGUGAAAUUGGAGCUUCUCAAUCCAACAAAUUGAAUAGCAGCAUCAGUUGGGAAGAAAAUCAAGGAGUUGUAUUAAGUUCUACUAGACCCAAUUUUUGGACAACCGAUGCACAUUUGAAGAAUAAAUCAAAACAUGUUGCUACAAGUGAGAAAGAAAAUUGGACGACAAGAAGAAAUGAAGAGGAUAAUAAACAAAAAAGCAAUGAAGUUGCGGCAUCAAGUAGUUUCUUUCCUAGAACUACUCAUUCUUCUUCGCCGGCGGGUUUGAUAAACAAUGCAAUCCCAUAUACUUCUUUUUUUCAAUUAGAACAUCCAAGUUUUCCUUUAUCUCAUAUGGGAAGCCAUGGAUUUGUAAGUCAAACAGAUUAUCAUCAUGAUCUGCACAACCUAAAUUCUAUUCCAUUACCAUCCACUUUAUCUUUAUCAUCUGGGUCUCAAAUUUUCCCUUAUUUCCCUUCACAUGCUACAACUGAAAUAGAUCAUCCGAAACAAAUAAACCACUUUCAGAUGUUGACUCCAAGCGCCCAAACCCUAUUCCCAAAUUCUCUUACUCCAACUCCAUUCUCUUUAAAUCAAUCUGCUAGACCUUUCCAUUUCAGUGUAACAAACCCUAGACUUUUCCAUUCCCAUAAUAGUGGAAGUCAACCUGAUAAGGACCAGGAUCAAUUUCCUUCUAAAUGACAUCAACGGCAUAUAUAUACAUACAUGUCUAUAUAUACACAAGGAGCACAAAAGUAAGGAAACAAUGCAAAGCCUCAACUUGUUAUUAUCCUGGCCCUGGGGAGACCAAAAAAGGUAGUAUAAUUAUUUCAACCUUAAUUUAGUACUGAGUACAAUUCUACUUUUCCUAAGUGUUCUCUGGAAGAAAAGUCUUGUUAUGUUAAUUAUUUGUUCUAAUAGAUUACAACCUAAUGUUUGUUUUCAUAAUUCUAGGAUAGUUUUUGUUAAUGUAUGCUAUUUUCUUAAUUUUAUUUUGUUUUCUAAUGUUCCAUGAUACCUAUGAGUUCUCUUUAUAAUGCAUAUUUUCAGUUCAACUACCAAA